CCGGGGCGGACGGAAGGAACUGCGCAGCCCGAAGAUGGCGGCGGCCGCGGUCGGAGUCUCCUUGAGGCGCGGAGUCCCCGCGCGGUUCCUGCGGGCCGGGCCGCGGGCGGUGCUGCGGGCGGUGCAGACGGCAGCAGCGGCUCCGCGGCUGAAGAAAUUCGCCAUCUACAGAUGGGACCCCGACAAGCCCGGGGACAAACCCCGCAUGCAGACCUACGAGGUGGAUCUGAACAAGUGUGGGCCCAUGGUGCUCGAUGCCCUGAUCAAGAUCAAGAACGAGAUAGACUCCACACUGACCUUCCGCAGGUCCUGCAGGGAGGGGAUCUGUGGCUCCUGCGCCAUGAACAUUGCUGGGGGCAACACCCUGGCCUGCAUCAAAAAAAUCGACAGUGACCUCAACAAAGUCACCAAAAUCUACCCCCUGCCCCACAUGUACGUGGUGAAGGACCUGGUUCCGGACCUGAGUAACUUCUACGCACAGUACAAGUCCAUCGAGCCUUACCUGAAGAAGAAGGACGAGUCCAAGGAGGGCAAGCAGCAGUACCUGCAGUCCAUCGAGGACCGCCAGAAGCUGGACGGGCUCUACGAGUGCAUCCUGUGUGCCUGCUGCAGCACCAGCUGUCCCAGCUACUGGUGGAAUGGGGACAAGUACCUGGGCCCUGCCGUGCUCAUGCAGGCGUACCGCUGGAUGAUCGACUCACGCGAUGACUUCACGGAGGAGCGGCUGGCACAGCUGCAGGACCCCUUCUCCUUGUACCGCUGCCACACCAUCAUGAACUGCACCCGCACCUGCCCCAAGGGGCUGAAUCCUGGCAAAGCCAUUGCCGAGAUCAAGAAGAUGAUGGCGACCUACAAGCAGAAGGCAGCGACUGCGUGAGGGCUGAGUGACCUGGAGUGAUCCCAGAGUGACCCCAGAGUGACCCUCACACCUGGCAGCUCCAGCAGGGCGUUACCUAUGCCAAGGCUUACCUGUGCACCUGCAAUAAAGGCUGUAAA